AUGGCGGAGUAUCUUGUGGAUACGACGCCUCGUAUGGCUUAUGUGGACCGUCACGAAUUACUCCGUUCACUUCUUCCUGAAAAAGAAUUUGUGGUACGACGACAGCAGCAGUUAAAUAAGAGUACAACAGUGUAUGUGGGGAAUUUAUCUUUUUACACAACGGAAGAACAAAUUUGGGAGCAUUUCACUUCUUGUGGACAUGUACGGGAUGUAGUAGUGGGCCUCAGUGAGCUCACACGUACUCCCUGUGGUUUCUGUUUCGUUGUAUAUGAACAGCAGUGUGCGGCCGUAAGUGCUGUGAAUGAUUUGCAUGGAACUCUCUUAGAUGAUCGCAUCAUUACAGUCUCGUGGGAUGUUGGCUGCGAUGAGUCGCGGCGUUGGGGGCGUGGUGCGCAAGGUGGACAAGUGGUGGAUGUUCUUCGGCAGAACUUAGACAACGGGAGAGGUGGAUUAGGGGCACUACGCCGGGAUGAACUGGGCAUUAGAGCUUCCCUGGAGGAACAGCAACUUGUGCACUACGACUGGAUUCCACCUAAACGUGCAAAGAAACGUGAACGGGAUUAG